CUCUUCUUCAUCGCUGUGGGCGGGCUGAGAGGAUAAAAGGGUGGAGGCUCCUCUCUUUCCUCUUCAUUCUCUCAAUCGAGGUCUUCUCGAUUUCCCACCAUCAACAAAAACAAGAGCAAAAGGAAGAAACACUCUGAUUUUACUCUUAGCACAGAGAGGAAUUUGAUAUGUGUGGUGGCUCAAAAACUAAACUUUCUCCCUCUACUAACGAUAUGGAAAUUCGGAAGCAGAAUCGCGAUGUUCUCUGUAACAUCUCAAGUUUGCUUGAGCUGUCUGCAACCGAUGAUCUCAAAACUUUCAGAAGGGAAGUAGAAGAGAAGGGUUCUGAUGUGAACGAGGAAAGCUUUUGGUAUGGAAGAAGAAUCGGAUCAAAGAAGAUGGGAUUGGAAAAGAGGACGCCUCUCAUGGUUGCUUCUUUAUUUGGAAGCACCGAGGUGCUGAAGUAUAUUAUUGAAACUGGCAGAGUUGAUGUGAACCGGGCCUGUGGUUCUGAUAAGGUCACAGCUCUUCAUUGCGCUGUUGCUGGUGGCUCUGAAUCCUCGCUGCAGAUUGUUAAGCUCUUGCUUGACGCAAAGGCAGAUCCUGACUGCCUUGAUGCUAGCGGAAAUAAGCCUGUUAAUUUGAUUGCUCCUGCCUUUAGUCCUUCAUCCAACUCACGAAGGAAGGCGAUGGAGUCCUUGCUGAGAGGCGAUGGAUUACUUCAAAUUAUUGAACAGGAGGCUGAGCCACAGAAAUCUACAGCUCUGUCUUUAUUAUCGAAAGAAGCAGCAGAGAAGAAAGAAUAUCCUGUUGAUAUAUCUUUGCCUGACAUAAACAAUGGUAUAUAUGGAACGGAUGAGUUCAGGAUGUACAGUUUCAAGGUGAAGCCGUGUUCAAGGGCAUACUCCCAUGACUGGACUGAGUGUCCAUUUGUUCAUCCUGGGGAGAAUGCAAGGAGGAGGGACCCACGAAAGUAUCCUUACAGCUGCGUUCCUUGCCCAGAGUUCCGCAAAGGAAGCUGCCCCAAGGGGGAUGCCUGUGAGUAUGCUCAUGGUGUUUUUGAAUCAUGGCUCCAUCCUGCUCAAUACCGAACGAGGCUUUGCAAGGAUGAGACUGGAUGCUCACGGAAAGUUUGCUUCUUUGCUCACAAACCUGAGGAGUUACGCCCUGUUUAUGUUUCCACUGGGUCAGCAAUGCCUUCACCAAAAUCCUUUUCGGCUAGUGCACUUGACACAACUGUUAUGAGCCCAUUAGCUCUUAGCUCCUCUUCUUUGCCAAUGUCAACUGUUUCGACACCACCCCUGUCUCCUUUGGCUGCUUCGUCUCCCAAGAGUGGAAGCUUGUGGCAGAACAAAAUAAACCUCACCCCGCCAUCCUUGCAGCUGCCAGGCAGCCGGCUGAAGGCUGCCUUAAGUGCUAGGGAUCUUGAUUUGGAAAUGGAACUGCUUGGGCUAGAAAGUCAGGCUAACCAGCAGCAGCAACAGUUGAUAGAAGAGAUAGCUCGACUCUCUUCCCCAUCUUUCCGGAGCAAAGAAUACAGUAGGAUAGGUGAUUUGAAGCCAACUAACCUUGAUGACCUUCUGGGAUCUGUUGAUCCUUCUGUUCUUUCUCAAAUUCAUGGACUAUCAGCACAACCUUCAAUGCCUACUCAACUGCAAUCUCCAAAUGGGCUUCAGAUGCACCAAAACAUGAACCACCUUCGUGCAAGCUAUCCCACCAACCUUCCUUCCUCACCGGCAAGGAAUUCCUUGGGUUUAGGGUUUGACUCAUCGUCAGCUGUGGCAGCAGCAGUGAUGAACUCCAGAUCUGCAGCCUUCGCAAAGCGAAGUCAAAGUUUUAUUGAUCGUGGAGCGAUAUCGCCCCUCCAUUUUGGCCAAUCUGCAGCUUCCAACACCGCUUGCAGGGUUUCCUCUACACUUUCAGAUUGGAGAUCCCCUGAUGGGAAAUUGGAUUGGGGCAUGAAUGGAGACGAGCUGAACAAACUGAAGAAAUCUGCUUCUUUUGGGUUCAGAAACAAUGGAAACACUAACACAACCUCGGCACGGUCUGAAAAUUUUGAGCCGGACGUGUCGUGGGUCAAUUCGCUAGUUAAAGAUGUCCCCCCUGAGAAGCAGCAGCAAUUUGAUCCCAGUAGAGAGAGGCUUUCGCCGUGGGUGGAGCAGCUGUAUAGAGAACACGAGCAGAUUGUUGCAUAAGCAAUGGCUGCUAUGGCGACACUCCUUGAUUAUUCUGACGAAGUUUAUUUAUUUAUUUAUUUAUUAUUAUUUUGAAUUUUUAUAACUAUUCCACUUUACAUAGAGAAUAGUCAGAGAUAGGACAAGGAGUGCUGCAAAGUACAAAACCCUGUUUAAUCCAGAUAUUUGGAAGGAAGAGUAGCAACAUUCUCCUGUAAUUGUAUUAUCUGAUCAUUUCUCCUUUUCUGGGAGUCUGGUAUCAUCUUUAGCAUGGAAAAUUUUAUCGUCGCUAAAGGAGCAUGUCUCUUUUAUGCACAUCUGUGCAAGUACAACUUAUGAAAUCUUUGUCCUUUUCAGUUAA